GUCCGUUGAUCGUUAACAUAAGUCGGCCGAGUGGUUGAAUGUAGCGGUUUUUUGUAGUUACGAGGAAUUAAGUCUAUCAGAAAUGGUUUCGAGAACGACGUCGAGAAGGAUUCCCGAGGUGGAACCUCGUAUAGACUACGUGCAAUGUGAUGGGCUGGUGGUGAUGAAGAUGGUGAAGCAUUGCCACGAGGAAUCCUCUGGCAACAUGGAGGUCGCUCAGGGUGCUCUUCUCGGCUUGGUUGUACAGAACCGUCUGGAGAUCACCAACUGUUUUCCGUUUCCCAAAAAUGAUGAGAUCAUGGAUGAAGAGGAAUAUCAGCUCGCCAUGAUGCGGAGACUAAGAUGGGUGAACGUUGAUCACUUCCAUGUUGGUUGGUACCAGAGUGCGGAUGUCGGUAACUUUCUAAAUCUAUCCCUGCUGGAGUCACAAUACCACUAUCAAACUUCCAUCGAAGAAUCUGUUGUACUUAUUUAUGACACAGCAAAAUCUGCCAGGGGUUUUCUCACUCUUAAAGCGUAUCGACUCACUCCGCAAGCGAUACAAAUGUACAAGGAAAAUGAAUUUACUCCUGAAGCUCUGCGUACUUUAAAGAUUGGAUACGAGAGUCUCUUUGUCGAAAUACCAGUAGUCAUAAAGAACAGUAAUCUGACAAAUAUUAUGAUGUCGGAAUUGGAUGAAAUGAUUCCUGAGGAACAAGGUACAAAGUAUCUAGAUCUUGGAACAGCCACAGUGUUAGAGAACCAGUUGAGAUGUUUAAUGGAUCGAGUGGAUGAAUUGAAUCAGGAAGCAAUGAAGUUUAAUAGAUAUCAACAAUUAGUGGUUCGACAGCAGCAAGAUAAGAAUAGGCUCUUGGCCAAGAGAGCUCAAGAAAACGCUGCCAGAGCUGCAAAGGACGAACCACCAUUGCCUGAUGACGACAUCAAUAAAUUGAUGAGACCCCUCCCAGUUCCACCAAGAUUAAAUCCAAUGAUUGUUGCUGGACAAAUUAAUACAUACAGUGAACAUAUUUCGCAAUUCUGUGCCCAAAGUUUAGCAAAAUUGUACAUCACUCAAAGUUUACAAAAUGCAAAGGAGGCAAAGUCUUCCCAUUGAUAAAAUUAAUGUAUUACAAAUAUUUACGACAUAUUUAAAAAAAAUGACUACAAAAUUAAAUAAACGAAACAUAUGAUUUU